AUGAAGUUGGCACUCGUGCUGUUCCUGGCGACAGCUGGGACCUUAAGGGUCCACAGUGUACCAAUCGACAAUGAAUCAUCAUCAUCAUUAUUAUCAAGCGGAUUAGAAAAAGAUUUAAAAGACUUUUUGGCAUUGGUACCUGUUCAAGAAAUUCAAGAAAUUGUCCUCGAAUAUUUAUCAAACGAUGCUGAUUUUCAAGAAACAUUGGAAUAUCUCGUCUCAAAGGAAUUUACAUCAUUAGUAUUGGAAAUUGAAGCAAUGCAAGAUGUCAAGGUAUUUCUUAAAUAUCUUCACGAUUCUGGACUUGAUGUUUACAAUCUUUUAAAUCAACUUCACGAUUUUUUGGGUCUUGAACAUUAUGUACCAAUAACACAACAAAUUGAGAGAAAAAUCACCGGUGGAUUACCAGGAUUAAUUAAAGACAUCGAAGCUAUUUUACCACUUGAAAAAAUCGAAGCACUUUAUCAAGAAAAACUUAAAUCAUCCAAAGAAUUUGCCGAUUUAAUAAAACACAUUAAAUCGUCUGAAUUUCAAAAUACAGUGAAUACAGUUUUUAAAAAUCCAAAAGUUCAAGAUUUAAUAAACAAAGCAAAAGCCAAAGGUGUUGAUGUCAAAGCUAUUCUUGAUCUUGUUACAAAAAUUCUUGGAAUUAAAUUCCCAGGAUUAACUCGUUUUACUAAUUUAGGAAUGCAACAAGAUAUUGACGAUUUUCUUGCCUUGAUUCCAAAGCAAAAAAUUCAAGAUCUAGUUCUUGAAUAUUUAGCAACUGAUCAUGAUUUUCAAGUAACAAUGGAUUAUAUUCUUUCGAAUGAAUUUAGAAGUUUAGUUUUAGACAUUGAAGCAAUACCCGAGGUGAGAAUGUUUAUUCAAUAUUUAAAUAACGUUGGAUUAGAUGUUUACAAUGGUCUUAAAAUUCUUCACGAUUUCCUUGGAAUCGAUCAUUAUGUUCCAUUUUCACAUAAUUAUGGUUUAUUACGUAUCACCGGUGGACUUCCGGGUUUAAUUGAAGAUAUCAAAGCAAUUCUACCAAUUCAUGAUAUUCAAGAACUCUAUGAGGAAAAAUUAAAAACAUCACAAGCAUUUCGUUCGCUUGUUGAACAAUUAAAAUCAGAGAAAUCACAAAAAAUAAUUGAUAUUGUAUGGGCAAAUGAAAAAUUCAUAAAAUUAAUUAAUCGCGCUGAAGCUAAAGGUGUUGAUGUCAAGGCUAUUCUUCAAUUGCUCACUGAUAUUCUUGGAAUUAAAUUCCCAUCAAGUCGUCAUACACGUUCAAUAACAAUGGGAUUAAAUGAUGAUCUUCAAGAAUUUUUGUCACUUGUACCAAAAAAAGAAAUUGAGGAAUUAGUUAUGGAAUAUUUAGCAUCCGAUGCUGAUUUUCAGGAGACUUUAGAAUAUUUACUCUCGAAUGAUUUUAAGAAUCUUGUUCUCGAAAUCGAAGCCAUCAAGGACGUGAAAUUGUUCAUCAAGUACCUAAGUGAUGCUGGCUUGGACGUUUACACUCUUUUGAAUCAACUCCACGAUUUUUUGGGUUUGGAUCAUAUUACUCCAAUGGAAUUUGAUGACUCCUAUGAGACUUUAUAUCAGGUUUACAAAAUUACAGGAGGACUCAAAGGAUUAAUCGAGGAUGUCAAGGCAAUUUUACCAUUAGAUAAAAUUCAGGAACUUUACAAAAAGAAAUUGGAUACAUCAUCUGAAUUUGCAGCUUUGAUUAAAAAAUUAGGUUCCCCUGAUUUUCAAAAAAUUGUCGAUCUUGUUUGGACUAAUCCAAAACUCCAGGAAUUAAUAAAUAAAGCACAAGCCAAGGGAGUUGAUGUCAAGGCAAUUUUGAAAUUGAUUACCGAAAUUCUUGGAAUAAAGUUUCCAUCAUCACGAGCAAUCACAAUGGGAUUAAAUGAUGAUCUCAAAGAAUUUUUGGCACUAGUUCCACAAAAGGAGAUCGAGGCUUUAGUUAUGGAAUAUCUGACAUCUGACGCCGACUUCCAGGAAGCUGUGGAAUAUAUGCUCUCUAAUGAUUUUAAAAAUCUUGUUCUAGAAAUCGAAGCCAUCAAGGACGUGAAAUUGUUCAUUAAAUACCUAAGUGAUGCCGGCUUGGACGUUUAUACUCUUUUGAAUCAGCUCCAUGAUUUUUUGGGUUUGGAUCACAUUACUCCUUUUGAAUUUAGUGAAUUAGAUUACGUGAGCUUUAGAAUAACCGGAGGACUUCCGGGAUUGAUCGAGGAUGUAAAGGCAAUUUUACCACUGGACAAAGUUGAGGCUCUCUACAAAAAGAAAUUGGAAACAUCUCCAGAAUUUGCAGCACUUAUUAAAAAAAUCAGCUCCCCUGAAUUUCAAAAGAUUGUCGACACCGUUUGGGCUAAUCCAAGACUUCAGGAAUUAAUCAAUAAAGCACAAGACAAGGGCGUUGAUGUCAAAGCCAUUCUUAAAUUGAUUACCGAAAUUCUUGGGAUUCAUUUUCCGUCAUCACGAUCAAUCACAAUGGGAUUAAAUGACGAUCUCAAAGAAUUUUUAGCUCUUGUUCCACAAAAAGAAAUCGAAGCAUUGGUCAUGGAAUAUUUAUCAUCCGAUGCCGAUUUUCAGGAAGUUUUGGAAUAUGUGCUCUCUAAUGAUUUCAAGAAUCUAGUUCUCGAAAUCGAAGCCAUCAAAGACGUGAAAUUGUUCAUCAAAUACCUAAAUGAUGUUGGAUUAGACGUUUACACUCUUUUGAAUCAGUUCCAUGAUUUCUUGGGUUUAGAUCAUAUUACUCCAUCAAUUGUUGUUUACGGAGCCUAUAAAAUCACUGGAGGACUUCCGGGAUUAAUCGAGGAUGUCAAGGCCCUCUUACCAGUCGAUAAAAUCGAAGCACUUUACAAAAAGAAAUUGGAAACAUCUCCUGAAUUUGCAGCUUUAAUUAAAAAAAUCAGUUCCACUGAAUUUCAAAAGAUCGUUGACACUGUUUGGGCUAAUCCAAGACUACAGGAAUUGAUCAACAAAGCACAAGCCAAGGGAGUGGAUGUCAAAGCCAUUCUUAAAUUGAUUACCGAAAUUCUUGGGAUUCAUUUUCCGUCUUCACGAUCAGUUACAAUGGGAUUAAAUGAUGAUCUUAAGGAAUUUUUGGCUCUAGUUCCACAAAAAGAAAUCGAAGCAUUGGUCAUGGAAUAUUUAACAUCCGAUGCCGAUUUUCAGGAAGUUUUGGAAUAUGUGCUCUCUAAUGAUUUUAAGAAUCUAGUUCUCGAAAUCGAAGCCAUCAAGGACGUGAAAUUAUUCAUCAAGUACCUAAAUGAUGCUGGAUUAGACGUUUACACUCUUUUGAAUCAACUCCACGAUUUUUUGGGUUUGGAUCACAUGACCCCUUUUGAAUUCGAAGACUUGGAAUACAUAACAUUCAGAAUAACCGGAGGACUUCCUGGAUUAAUUGAAGAUGUCAAGGCCCUCUUACCAGUUGAUAAAAUCGAGGCACUUUAUAAAAAGAAAUUGGCAACAUCCGCCGAAUUUGCAGCUUUGAUUAAAAAAAUCAGCUCACCUGAAUUUCAAAAGAUCGUCGAUACCGUUUGGGCUAAUCCAAGACUCCAGGAAUUGGUUAAUAAAGCACAAGCCAAGGGAGUUGAUGUCAAGGCAAUUUUGAAGUUGAUUACCGAAAUCCUCGGUAUUAAGUUUCCGUCUUCAAGAGCAAUCACAAUGGGAUUAAAUGAUGAUCUCAAAGAAUUUUUGGCUCUAGUUCCACAAAAGGAAAUCGAAGCAUUGGUCAUGGAGUACUUAACAGCAGAUGCCGACUUCCAGGAAGCUGUGGAAUAUAUGCUCUCUAAUGAUUUCAAGAAUCUAGUUCUCGAAAUCGAAGCCAUCAAGGAUGUGAAAUUAUUCAUCAAAUACCUAAGUGAUGCUGGAUUAGACGUUUAUACUCUUUUAAAUCAGCUCCACGAUUUUUUGGGUUUGGAUCACAUGACCCCUUUUGAAUUCGAAGACUCGGAAUACAUAACAUUCAGAAUAACCGGAGGACUUCCGGGAUUGAUCGAGGAUGUCAAGGCAAUUUUACCACUAGACAAAAUCCAGACUCUUUACAAAAAAAAAUUAGAAACAUCCACCGAAUUUGCAGCUUUGAUUAAAAAAAUCAGCUCCCCUGAAUUUCAAAAAAUCAUCAACACCGUUUGGGCAAAUCCAAAACUCCAGGAAUUAAUCAAUAAAGCACAAUCAAAAGGCGUGGACGUCAAGGCAAUUCUUCAGCUCAUCACUGAAAUCCUUGGAAUUCAUUUUCCAGGAACACAAUAUAAGUCUCCAAUGUUUAUCAGGUAUGAAGGAAAUCUCAAUGAUGAUUUAAAUGAUUUAAUGGAUUUAAUACCAAUGAAUGAUGUUUUAGAAGUUGCUCUGGAGUACGUGGCUGUUGACAAGGACUUCCAAAUCUUUUUAGAAUAUCUUCAAUCCGAUUAUAUUGGAGCCCUGGUAACUGAUAUUGAAAAUAUUAAUGGAGUUCCUGCAUUUUUGCAAUAUCUUCAUAAAUCUGGAUUGGAUGUCUAUACAUUUCUCAAUAAAUUACACGCAAUUUGGAGUCUUGAUCCAAUUAAACCAAAUACAUCAAUUUUUAAUUUUCUCGACAUUAUUGGAGGACUACCUGGAUUCAUCAAGGAUAUAUUAUCAGUUCUACCCGUGGAAAAAAUUAAAAAACUCUAUAAUCAUAAAUUAGAAAAAUCCGAAGCAUUAAAGGAUCUAUUGAAACAAAUUCAGACCCCUGAAUUUCAAAUAAUGGUUGACACUCUCAUGAUUAAUGAGAGACUCAAUGAUUUGAUGACCAAAGUGGAAGAAAAAGGUGUUGAUGUCAACGCAAUUCUCAAGGCAAUUAGUCAACUUCUUGGAAUUAAAUUACCAUCACGACCAAAAUCAACAAUUUUUGUCAAUGAUGCCCUAAUGAAAGAUUUAAAUGACUUUGUGAAACUUGUGCCAAAUAAGAAAAUCGCAAAAAUUGUCAUUAAUUAUGCUCUUAUUGAUAGAGAUUUCAAAAAAGUUAUUAAAUACAUGAGAUCAAAUGAUUUUCAUACUUUAAUACGUAAUGUUGAAGCCACACAGGAAAUGAAACAAUUCUUAGAAUAUCUAAAUAAUAUUGGAUUAGAUGUUUAUAAGUGGAUGAAAGUUGUUCAUAAAAUUAUUGGCAUGGAAAAAUUAGAGAUGAAAUUUAAUUUUAAUUCAGAGGAGAAAAUAAGUGGUGGUAUUAAUGGAUUGAUUAAGGAUAUUAAAGCUGUUUUACCUGUUAAAGAACUUAAUGCACUUUAUGAAAAGAAACUCAAAGACUCUCCAGUAUUCGUUGAAUUUGUCGAGCGACUACGAUCAAAUGAAUUACAAAAUCUUAUUAACGCUUUAGCGAAAAUUGGUGAAGUCGAAAGAGUAUUAACAAAAUUAGAAACAAUGGGCGUUGAUAUUAAUAAUAUUUUUCAACUUUUGUCCGAUUUUUUUGGUAUCAAAUUUCCACCAAGACCAUCGAAUUUAAUUUAAUCAAAAAAUUGUAAUAUUUUAUAUUCUGUUUUUCUCCCCUCAUUUUCUUUUAUAUAUAUAUAUAUAUAUACUCAUUAGAAUGAUGUACUCAUUUCAUCGCUGUGUAUAUUUUGUUAUUUAAAUAAAUUUAUUUAAAAUUAA